ACGGCGCCGGUUUGACAACAGGAAGUAAAUGGCGUUGUGGUGUAGGGCGAGAGCGGCGGCUGCGGAGGCUCGGGCUCGGUGUGUGGAGUCAGUGCGAGCAGAGGCAGAGGCAGAGGCAGAGUGGAUCAGAAAACAGAGAGUAUUCUGCUUUUAAUUAGUUCUGGCUGAAUGGAGGUAUUAUAGUAGCUGGUUAUCUAGUUAUCUAGCUAGUUAGCUAUAGCCCUUGCCUUGACAUCUAAUACUGCUGUUCAGCGGCAGCGCCGACAUUAAUAACAACUGAGCACAAAAAUAUUACAUAACACACUGACAUGAGGCAUUUAAUACUGAGGAAUCUGGUUAUGCGAGGAAUAAAACCAUAUUGGGAGUGUGCUGUUAUAGGAAAUUAAUCACAAACAGAGGCACUUGCGCUGGUGAUGAUGUCACUCCGCGGAGGUCAGCGCGAGGCCUGAGUCAUGAACUCGGUCACCCCCAGCGCCGCCCAGUACGCGAGGGGCGGAGCUCUUCACAACGACCUCGUCGAUGGGAGGAAAUUGCCGCGGCCUUCCUCGCCGCAGGUCCUGGAGACGAAGGGGCAUUUCGGGAACGGGUUACUCGCCGACGGGGCGGGAGAGCCGGAUGAGGUGGACAAGCUGAAGCUGAAGCUGAUGUCGGCGUGGAACAACGUCAAAUACGGAUGGUCAGUCAAAAGCAAAACCGUCUUCAACAAAACGUCCCCGCUGAUCCUGAUGGGACAGUCCUACUUACUCAACACUGAGGAGGAAGUGGAGCGUUUCCGGCUGGCGUUCGGCUCGCGAGUGUGGCUCACCUACAGGAAGGAGUUUCCUCAGCUGGAGGGGUCGAACCUGACGUCGGACUGCGGCUGGGGCUGCAUGCUGCGUAGCGGACAGAUGCUCCUCGCCCAGGGGCUCAUGCUCCAUCUUCUGCCUCGACACUGGAGAUGGCCCGACUGUCCUCAGCUGGCUGAUGUGGAUUUCGAGGUGUUGAGACCCCGCUCACCGUCUCGUCCGGCCGGUAUCUCCAUCCCCUCCUUCAGCUCUACGUGGAGCACAUCGGGACCUGAGAAACGCCCGUCCUCCACGAACGAGAUUCCGAAACAAGCUGAGUCGAGACGGGACGUGCAGACCGAGAGCCUCCACCGCAGGCUGGUGUCAUGGUUCGGGGACGAGCCGGCUGCGCCCUUCGGGGUUCACCGGCUGGUCGAGCUGGGCAAGGAGUCGGGGAAGAAGGCGGGAGACUGGUACGGGCCUUCACUCGUCGCACACUUACUGCGAAAAGCUGUGGCCAAAAGCACAGAGUUGGACGAUCUGGUCGUGUACGUGGCUCAGGACUGCACAGUGUAUAAAGGGGACGUGAUGUGGCUGUGUGAACAGAGCUCCUCUGACUCCGGUAGCUCCGGCUGGAAGUCUGUCAUCAUCCUGGUCCCGGUGCGACUGGGAGGAGAUUCACUCAACCCGUCCUACAUCGAAUGCGUCAAGAAUCUUCUGAAGUUGGACUGCUGUAUCGGGAUCAUCGGCGGGAAACCCAAACACUCGCUCUUUUUCAUUGGCUUUCAUGAUGAGCAGCUAUUGUAUUUAGACCCACACUACUGUCAGCUGGUGGUCGACGUCACACAAGGAAACUUCCCGCUGGAGUCCUUUCACUGUAACUCUCCCAGGAAGAUGAACUUUAAUCGCAUGGAUCCCAGCUGCACUUUGGGCUUCUACGCUCACAGUAAAAAAGAUUUUGAGUCUCUGUGCUCAGCCGUUAGCGGGGCUUUGUCCGUGUCUAAAGAGCGCUACCCGAUCUUCACGUUUGUAGAGGGCAGGGGGCAGGACUACAGCCUGGAGGGGUACAGCGGAGGCAGCACACACCCCAGCGCCCACAUCCUCCCCCCUGACACGAUGAACAGAAACAGCGCUGAGGGCUUUGUGUUUCUGUGAGGACUCACUCAUGUGGAGCACAAACCAGCUUCGAAACUGAAGCUGAAGAUGAAGCUGAAGCUGGGGCACGAUGGAGCGACUCCAUACAAUGCACUGCAGUCGUAGCUGUGUGUGUGUGUGUGUGUGUGUGAGGUCAUAGAAAAUUGAAUAAAUAGGUGUGUUGAGGAUUUUUAUUUUAAGCACAACCAUUCACUACAAUUUAACUUUUUCUCUUUCUUUCUGUCAGUCUCUUGUGGUGUCUCCCUCUCUCUCUCUCUCUCUCUCUCUCUCUGUCUCUCUCUUUCUUUCUCUCUCUCAUUCUCUCUCUCAUUCUCUCUCUCUUUGUCUCUCUUUUUCUGUCUGUCUCGCUCUCUGUCAUUGUCUGUCUCUCUCGCUCUCUCUCUAUUUGUCUGUCUCUUUGUAUCUCUGGUUCUCUCUGUCUGUUUCUCUCCAUUGUGUAUAUCUGUCUUUCUCUCUCUCACUUUGUCUCCCUCUCUUUCUGUCAGUCUCUUACUGUCCCUCUCUUGCCCUGUGUCUCUCUCUGUCUCUCUCUCUCUCUCCCUCUCCCUCUCUCUCCCUCUCUCUCUCUCUCUCCCUCUCUCUCUCUCUCUCCCUCUCUCUCUCCCACUGUAAGGUGUCGUUGCCUAAUCAGGAACCGUUCUCCGCUUUUCCACCACAAAGGGCAUUUUAGUUCGAGCACCCAAAUUUGAGAACCCCAGUGAUGUCAUUCCGUUUCCAUGACAACAACUCGCGAUUAAACUGAAUGUCGCAGUUAAGUGUGGGAAUCACUAGACACCUCACGAUUCAUAAUUAUGAAUUUUUUUUUUAUUCGUCUUAAUUUUCCGCCCUGUUCGAGCAACUUUUGAAACAUAGUAAUAUCAUUAAAAAAAAAAAGAAAGAAAAACACUAGAAAUAAAGUUUGUCCUGCUGUAGUGAUGUUUCUCGCACAGGUGAGGAAUCAUUCGAAAGAGAAUCACGAUUCAGAUAAGAACAGAUUUUAUUUCCUGCUGCUCAUCGCAUCCUGAACUUUUUACAGUGUGAGAAGGAAAUAAACAUUUUAAAGGAAGCUGUAAUGAACUGAGCGCGAGUCACAGAGCUAACGCACUCGGAACAAUCCGCUCCAGCCGAUAAAAACAGAUCCUUCACCUUCUCGUGGCGUCACAUUGAUGGAAAAAUCUCCAGAAAUCCUGAAGUGCAGUCUGUAAAAUCCUCUACGGCAGUCGUUCUAAUAUUUACGCCGUACGUUUGUGAAAACCUGCAUGAAUUCGUUAAGUUCGGCUCUUAAGCAGAACAGUUUCCUGAAGCAGCACCAGGUGGGAAUUCUGAGCGCAUCCCAAACCAAGUGUUUUUUUCUUUUUUUUUCUCUUUUUAAUUUUUUUUUUUUUUUUUUAAUUACUGCUGUACUGUUUGUUGUCUUUAUGAAAGAAGACUUGUGGUGUGAUGGUGAGAACAAGCUGCUGCUGCUGUCGUGUCCCAAAUCUGGAGCUGAUCUUCCCUCACUGAUCCCAGUCUGAUUAAUGAUUAAUAUCCGAUCAAUUUGGGAUCAGACUCAUUAUCCUCGUACGAUAUUCCUCUUUUCUAAAUCCCUAAAUCUCGAAUGUAAACAGUGCUACUGAUCAUUCCAGGACGUUACUCUUCUUUUCCACAUGUUUCAUAUUUCAUCAUGGGA